UGUGUGGACUGAGACGAACCAGUGUCCGUGCGAUCGAUCGAUCUUAUCUGGUCUGAACUUCCCACCACAGGGCAUCGUGGCCAUGUACUCGUUUUCCAGGGCUUGACCACUUCUUUUGUUGAGUCUUUACCACACAUAGGCCUGAAGAAGAUGGCAAUCGAACCAGCAAGCAAUGCAUCGGCCGAGGCGUCCGACCUUGCCCAGUUGUGGCAAGGCGCCGUGGAGGACUAUGAGAAGAGAACUGGGAAGAAUCUGAAAUUGGGUCAAUUCAGGAGUAUGAACGAUGUGAUGACAGGAACGGAAGGCCUUGCAACCAGAUUCAAAGACUUUCGCGAUGAUAAAUCGAAGAUGGCCAAAGUCCGCACCGCGUUGAAGAACAACAUGUGGAUCAUCCAGAAGGUCGUCAACACCAUCCAGACGGUCGGAACUGCGGUUUCGGCAUUUCCACCUGCCGUCCCGGCCAGUUUGAUAUUCACGGCCUUCGGCCAAGUCAUGCAGUCAUUCGCCGAUACAUCUGCAGACUAUGACAAGAUUAUGGGGUUCUUCGAGUUCACACAUCGCUUUUUCGAUCGCCUUUCGAUUAUCGAGGAGAGAACUCCAGCUCUACCUCCAUUCCAACGAUGCGUCACACGCGUCUUCUCCAGCAUCCUCAAAAUCUGCGCCGUCGCGCAGAAGUAUGCCGCGGAGAAAAGAUUCAAGAAAUGGUUUGAGAAUCUGGUAAAGGGAGCCGAUGGAGAUCUUACCGCAGCAAACACCGAGAUGGAAGAAGCCAUCAACGAGCUAAGCCAAGCCGUGGGCCUAGCGACACUGAGAACAGUCGAGAUCAUCGACGAGGUUGUCAGGAGCAUGAACGGGCAGGUAGAAUUCCUUGUCGCGAACGCCACCCUCCUCGAUGAGCGCACCGAAGCAAUCCAGUCGAACACCAAUACCAUCAUGGAACAGAAUCAGGAUCUCGGGUCCAAGCAGGAUGCAAUGACGCAGUUGCAGAAGGAAACACUGGAGAUGGUGAGCGAGCAAUCCCGGCUGUUCAGCAGCGUGGUUGGCUACUUCGGGUCAGUCCAGAUGGGCGAGAACUUUGGAGACAGUUUCAAGACCAGCGUGCUGAAGCUCGGGGUGGUGAGGCUGCGAUUGGCGCGCUGGGGACAGUCGGUCGGCCUGGCCAAUAUCAAUGAUGUGCACUCCCUGGAGGAGUCCAAGCUAUCACCUGACGAUAUACCCCGGGUAUCUGAGCUGUUGGAAGGGAUUCUCGACCAGUUUGCUGAUGCGGAAAGAAUCUCGAAGCGAUUCCAGCUGCGUCAUCGCAAUGCGACCGCUGUUCUUGAUCCUAACAAGGACCUGGACAAGGUCGCCGCAUCGCUGCAUCAAAAGAUGAAUGAUCUCUCUCUUCGAAGACAGGGCAACUCGGAUGCAGAGCCCACUAAGGAGCUGACAUUGUACGAAGAGAAGAAUUUCACGAGACUGAUUGAGGACAUCAACGAGUUGGUAAAUGACCUGGUCGAGUUGUUUCCGGGGAUCGAGGAUGCGCAACGCAAGCUGGCAGAGGAAGAGGUGUCGGAGAUGAAGAGCAUCAAGGGGGCGCUACCUAUCCUGAAAGAAGUGGCAGCCGAUCAAGACAAUCUGUUGACUGAGACCGUUGUGAAGGUGAUCCAACAAACCUCGACGACGACGUACACCAACUCGGUGGUUUUCUCAGGAAACAACUCGGGAUUUCAAGUGGGAAACAACGCAGGGAGAAUCAGCAACUUGCGGUGGAACUGAGGCAGGCAGGCAGGCAGGCAGCGAGCAGUAGUAUCACAGAAUUGUUCUCGGAGAUCAAAGAACAGAAUCAUCUUAUCACGAUGUUCAAGAAAU